GGCGGUGGGCGAGCAUAUAAAACGGCAGUGUUUUUCGGAUUGGCAAGCAAUCAGCUACGAACGCCGGGCGCUGAAAAAAAGCAAGAAAAAGAAACACAACUCAACACGAUGUGGAUCGCGAACGAAAGCACUAUCUGCGCACUGAUGCCACUGGUGAUUUUGGCGACCUGGCAGCUGUGCCUGCUUCCCGGGACAGAUGCCAAGCACUUGGCCAUCAGAUCGGUCGACCCCCAAACCAAAAUCGAUUCGGAAACGCUGCCCCUAGCCCAUGUCCACAGACACACACGAGACGAGAGUGGUGGUCGCGGUGCUGCAGUGCAGCAUCGUCGGGAGCGGAGGCAACUCUCCGAUUGGCUGAUUGCGCCCAACACGCGCUGGUGCGGACGCGGCAACCUGGCCAAUGGAACCUACAACGAUCUGGGCGGCGCUUCCAAGGCGGACAAGUGCUGCCGGAAGCACGACCACUGCAAGAUGUGGAUCGAUGGCAUGUCCAAUCGCUAUGAUCUCUUCAACUACCGCCCCUACACUCUGUCCCACUGCAGCUGUGAUCUUCGCUUCCGCACGUGCCUGAAGAUGGCCGGCGACGAGGAUGCGAACGCCAUCGGAAAGCUAUUCUUCAAUGUCGUGCAGACGCAGUGCUUCGGCCUGAAGACAGAGACCGUGUGCGUCCAGCGGGGCGGUUCUGGGAAGGAGUCGGAGCCCUGCCUCAAGGAGGAGGUGCGUCACAAGGCCUUCCUGCGCGACAACAAGCGGUUCUAAGAGUCCUAGCUCACGACGACCGGCAGGAAUUUGAGUAUCCCAAAGUCGCCUGCCCGCAAAAGGAGCUAACCACACAGACCGCCACAUAGUGCUGCAAAUUGAGUUUGAAACUUGAUAGGAAAGCACGGCUAAAACACAAAACACCAUCAUCAUCAUCAUCAGCGUACUUAGGUGUAUGGAUUAUGAGAGGAGGAGGUGGAGGAGAGACAGCCAGAGACACCCGUCUAUGUAUUAAGCUAUAUACCAACAUAUCUAUAUGACUGUCAAGUGCUAUUAUAAUGCGUAGUAGUCGAUACGAUGUACUAACACACCUAGUUGUAGUCACUCAAUCUAGUUUAGGCCGACGAAUCGAAAACAGGCUGCCAGAAAACCAAGUUUUUUAACUUAGCUGUAGACACCCCGUAUGUAGUUACCCUAUAAACACUGUACGUACGUAAUUAGUUGUAGACGUAGUAACUUAAUAAAUGAAAUUUCCAAAGAGUAAAGAGAAUCAUAAACCUUA